AGAAACGAAGAAAAAUGCUGCCCUUUAAUUAUGUUCAGUUCUCGGCUGUGACACAGGGCAAGCACUUUCGUGAAUUCGAGCAAAGGUCAUUAAGAAGAAAUGGUAUCAGUGUAGAGGGUGCCACACACAAACAAGUUGUUGAUCUCAUUAAAUCUGGCGGUGACUGUUUAACAUUGACGGUUAUAUCAGUAACACAGCAAGAAGCCGAAAGACUUGAACCUCAAGAAGACCAGAGUGGUUAUUCAUAUAUUGACUAUUCCGAUAAAAGAUCAUUGCCAAUAAGUAUUCCCGAUUAUAGCAUUAUAAAUCGUAAUGGUGAACGUUAUAUUGUUUUCAAUAUUCACAUGGCCGGACGUCAGCUGUGCUCACGUCGCUAUCGUGAAUUUGCCAAUUUACAUUCAAUUUUACGCAAAGAAUUCACCGGUUUCAAUUUUCCCAAAUUACCCGGUAAAUGGCCAUUCCAAUUGAGCGAACAACAGCUGGACACGCGACGUCGCGGUCUCGAACAAUAUCUGGAAAAAGUAUGUGCCGUACGGGUGAUUGCCGAAAGCGAUGCUGUCCAAGAUUUUCUCACCGAUUCCGAAGAUGAUAUAUCUGCCUCACCUGUCGAUAUUAAAGUUAUGCUGCCCGAUCAUGAAGUCACAACGGUAUCGGUGAAAAAAUCCGCCAACGCCCAUGUGGUGUGGGAAAUUUUGGUGCAGCGUGCCAAUUUCACAUCGUAUACUCAACAAUAUUUCUAUUUAUUCGAAAUUGUCGAAUAUAAUUUCGAACGGAAAUUGCAACCCCACGAAAUACCCCAUCAAUUGUAUGUUCAAAAUUACAGUACAGCUUCCAGUACAUGUUUGUGUGUACGACGAUGGCUAUUCUCGGUGUCACGCGAAUUGACAUUGCCGCAAGGAGAACAGGCGGCGAAAUUUAUUUUCUAUCAAGCUGUGGAUGAAGUGAAUCGUGGUAAUAUCCGAGCCGAGGGGCGACUAUAUGAACUGAAAGCACUGCAGGAUGCUAAAAAGGCAUCGGAAUAUUUGGCAUUGGCUCGUACACUGCCCGGUUAUGGUGAUGUUGUAUUUCCCCAUUGUGCAUGUGACAGUCGAAAGGAAGGUCAUGUUGUGCCGGCAGUUGGCAUGAAGAGUUUUCGUUUACAUGCUUGCCGCGAAGAUGGCUCCUUGGAAGCUCAAAUGGUUGAAUUAACAUGGGAUAGCAUAACCCGUUGGGAAAGCGAUGAAGAAUCAAUGUCAUUUUGUUUCCAAUAUAAUCGACCCGAUAAACCAGCUCGAUGGGUUAAAGUUUAUACACCUUAUCACGCAUUCUUGGCCGAUUGUUUUGAUCGCAUAAUGGAGGAACGUAAAUGGGAUGAUGCUGGCGACUAACAAUUGCAACGUUAUUAGAUUUAAAUGUUAUGUGUAAUUUUAAAAUUAAGUAACAAAAACAAAAGAAGAAAAA